AUGAACACCAACAGACAGUGGCUGUUAGCUAAACGCCCCCAUGGCCUGGUCGGCGAAGAAAAUUUUGCCUACGCAGAAACUCCGAUUCCUGAGCCUGAUGAAGGGGAGGUGCUGGUGCGCAAUCUCUAUCUGUCCUUUGACCCCACCCAGCGUGGCUGGAUGGAGGACCGGGAAAGCUAUCUCCCACCUGUUGCCCUGGGUCAACCCAUGCGUGCCGGGUCAGUUGGCCAGGUUGUGACAUCCAAUCAUGCCGGAUUCGAAGCCGGCGAUCUGGUGCAGACCACCGGCGGUUGGCAGGAUUUUGUGGUUGUCAGCCCUGAGACGUCAGUCAUGGGAUUGAGCAAGAUCCCAGCGGGUAUCACCCCGGAGAUGAUGAUGUCUGUACUCGGUGUUACCGGCCUGACCGCUUACUGGGGUUUGCUGGAUCUGGGCAAGCCGAAAGCAGGGGAGACGGUGCUCGUAUCCGGCGCUGCGGGAGCAACCGGCUCCAUUGCCGGUCAGAUUGCCAAAAUCAAAGGGGCGCGAGUGGUCGGUAUCGCCGGUGGCGCGCAAAAAUGCAGCUGGCUGAAAGACGAACUCGGCUUUGAUGACGUGAUUGACUACAAAAACGAAUACGUUGCUCAACGCAUUGCGGCCACCUGCCCGAAUAAAGUGGACGUAUUUUUUGACAAUGUCGGCGGCGAUAUCCUGCAGGCGGCUCUGGACAACAUCAACAUGCAUGCUCGCGUUGUUCUGUGUGGUGGUAUCUCCGGAUACAACGCCACCGAACCGGUACCUGGUCCAAACAAUCUGAUGAACCUGGUCAUCAUGCGCGCGCGCAUGGAAGGCUUCAUUGUCAUCGACUAUAUGAAUCGCAGUGGUGAAGCAAUUGCCGACCUGCUGAAAUGGAUAGAAGCAGGCGACCUGAAGUUUCAGGUCGACGUCCAGGAAGGUUUUGAAAACAUUCCCAGUACCCUGCAACGCCUGUUUACAGGUCAGAACCUGGGCAAACAACUGCUGAAAAUAGCUGAUCCUAGCUAG